CAACCGCGGCCCUAGCAACGGCGGAGCCAUGCAGACGGAGCGCGUGUCGGGCCUGGCGCUGCCCCGCGGGCAGAAGCUGCACUGCGAGUUGUGCCUCGGGCCGGCCACGGUGCGCUGCGGCGGCUGCGGGGUCACCUACUACUGUGACGUCCAGCAUCAAAAUGCCGACUGGGUCAGCGUCCACGAGAGAAUAUGCCAACUACUCAUUCCAUUGCGUACGGCGUUACCGUUUUACAAUUCGGAGAAAGAAAGGAAGCACGGCCAGGAGCAAAAGAUAAGACGAGAGAAAUUCCUGGCCGAAGUGACGCAAAGUGCAGCCCAGAAUUUCCUGUUCAAAGGCAAACACGAAGACGCCAUUCCAGCAGCGCUGCAUUCUCUGAAAUUCAACAUCAGCGUACACGGCUCAAAUUCUGUGGAACUGGUGCCAGUGUACCUCAUUUUAGCUGAGGGAAGCCUGGGCCUGGGGCAUCUCUCCCAAGCGGAGGAAUACCUCUCACAAGCUCACUGGAUCAUCCUCAGGAAUUCUUACUGCAGCAGCAGCAUUCAGUCCAACCUCCAUCGUAACCUGGGUCUCCUCCAUGCUGCCAAAGGGAACUUUGAGGACUCUUUGUACCAUCUGGCGAAUGACAUAUACUUCGCCUCUUGCGCCUUUGGGACAAAUGACGUGGCCGCCUCUGGAGGCUAUUUCCACAUGGCCAAUGUUUUCUUCCGUCAGAAUGCUGCGGAAGUUGCUGAUUCCUUGUACUCCGAGGUUGUCGAGAUUUGGCUCCGUCACUUCAGCCGCUUGAUCGACAUCCAGUUUCAAACGCUGAUGUCUCCAGCUGGACUUGACAUGUUUUCAGAAGAAGAGGAGUUGCCUGAGGAGGCUCUUGAUGAAAAGCAACGAGCAGAAGCCAUGCAGAUGUUGAACGCCGUCCUAGAUAUCCGUGAGCACUCCCCGAGGCCCCAGCUGGACAAGAUCGCCAAGGUGCUCCACGCUCUGGCUAUGUUUCAUUACUUGAUCCACGACGUGCCAAAGGCUCACGAAUUUGUGAUGAAAGUUCUGCAGGUGACCAAGCAGCUGCCCAGGCACGUGCCGGAUGAAUCACUUCAGCACCUGAUGAAACUGAUCAAAUCCAAACCGAUCUAUGCAAAAUAGAGCCACGCUGAGGUGCUGCUUUUCAAAUGGCAUUAGGCAAAGAGUGUGGAUCUUUGGAGCUGCCAUCUGGUACCCAUUC